AUGACGAAUCUUCCGACCCCCAAUCCAAAUGAUGAAUCAUAUAUUGAGUGGACAAUCAAGAAUAAGUACUACACGGCGCCAGUACAUCUUUACCUACACCAGGUAUCCAAGCCUCCUGCAAAACCACUUUGGCCACCAGAGGCGGAUGAUGAGCGCGUACCAGCAUUGAUCUUUGUGUUCAGGAAAGAUGAGCCGUACCGCGAACUAUUCUUGUCCAUGAAGGAAGCAUAUUUAGCCCACGAUGCUGAAGUUGCUCUUGCCGUUUCACUUCCUACCGUGUCAACUGGUGGGGCGCAGCCUUCCGAUUCGUUUGACUCAAUCGAAGAGUUCUUCUCGGACCAAAACUUUGAGUAUGUGGAUACCGAUGACUCGCCUGAUGCCAAAGGGUAUUCUGAUCACCUACAGCAUGACGUGCGUGGAGUACCCCGCAUCCUUGAGGCGUUGAAUAUGAUUAUGUGGCCUUCAAUGGUUCGAACAGCCACAGGGGGCUUACGUCGUACCGUGGUAGAUGCCGGAGAACAAGGCGAACCGCCCUCCAUUGCGUUUGAACAUUCGUUCGCUACUAUAUCAGACACUGCCCCCCCGGAUCACCCGUCAUUAUUUGACAUUAACACUCAGUCAGCAUCGCAUAACUUAGCGGAGUUGAAUGCAUGGCUGGAUGAUGCUGGUUCAUGGACACCUGGUAACCGGGGCGAACGAACUACCGUGACCGCCGAGUCACAAAAUGAAGCAGUUAGAUCAGGAGAAGGAUUUGACGACGAUUUUACGGAUUUCCUUUCAGCUCCACCGGAAACGAAUUCAGAGGAAGAUCUUCCUUCCUCCGCAGAUGUGGGUGCUAUAACUGAACGAAUUUUUGGGCAAGAUAGCGAUGCACCUGGAGGAUUUGACCUAUCUUCCGUCCUUGGAGCUCUUGAGACAAUGCGUCUCGAAAUAGGUGCUAUUACAGAUAUUGAAGAACGACGGAAAGCCGCGGCAAGAGUGGCACUUGGGCUAGCAGCGGGGCUUGGAAUAGACGGCAGGGACGGAAGUGGUGAUGAGUUUGACGAAGAACUUCUCCACGAGCUCAAUCAAAUAAAGUGA